AUGACAGAGUCGCGAGUGACAGAGUCGCAAGAGAUCUCCUCCGCCGCGAAUAAGCACACGGAUGAAAGCGCCGAGGGCGGCUCCUCUUCCGAAACCAUCCCUACAUUUUUUCAGCUGCAAUCCGGCUUCUUCUCCGCCCUGCCACUCGAAAUACGUCAGAACAUCUACCGGCAACUGUGGAUAGCGGCCGGAUCGACGCAACACGUCUACAAGGCCGGCCCUUCUUUUCUGGCGCCUCUGUCUCAUUGCCAGUGUAUCUCGGACCCGAAUGCCGAAGACAUCCGGGAGAUCGAACUCACCCGCAUCUUGGCUACCCCGCCUCUAGAGCCGGCGGAGGGCCAGGCCGGAGCUCUCACUGAAGAAGCUGCCAUUCAGCGAGAUGAAAUCAACGACUGGAGACUGCGCAAUGCGUCAGUUUGGUGCCACCACUGGGCAUGUGAAGAACAUCCUCCGGUCUUACGCCCGGUGGAUGGCUGGAUCGGCGAUAAGGAUGACGACAAGAAGAAGCAACGAGUGAUGGUGAAGGAGUUCAGCCCCUUUCUGAGCAUACUGCUCACUUGCAAGCGCAUGCAUCAGGAGGCUAUUGAUUCGAUAUACGAUGCAAUAACAUUCUCUUUCAUCGGCUCGGAUGCGCUUUCGCGAUUCCUGGCGACAACCUCAACGGAGUCACUCUUGCGGAUUACUGCUCUCCAUCUUGUAUGGAGCGCCCCGAUAGAAUCGUACAUGGACCCAGAAGAUGAGGAAGCUAUGGCAGCCAAGAUGAAAUGGACCGACCUGUGGACGGCUGUUGCGAUGAAGCUUCCACAUUUGAAGGAUCUUCAAAUCUGGAUGUAUCCCCAGUAUGCUCGUUACCCUAUGCCUCACGAGGAAUGGUUCUUGCCGCUUCACCAGUUCAAACACGUACCCAGACACGACAUUACGCUCAUGUGGUUCAUGGACCCCUCAUUACCAGACGACGGCCCUCUGGACUUUCUGGAAGAAGCUCCCUUCACAUAUGAACGUGUGAAGCCUCUCCUGGAGAACCCCUUACAUCUAAAUUGGCGCCGAUUGAUUGGCCUCUUCUUGGACGAGCCUCGUUACAUGCCUACACGGCGGCAGAGAAAAAAGAGAUAUGCUGGUCGGUCAUAA